GGAUAGGGACGUCCCAAGGAUAUCGGAUUGCAGUGAUGAUGCCUUCCGGUUUUCACGAACACAGCCACAAAGUCAAAAUUGGCUAUCGUACAAAUUUGUAAAAACAAAAAUGUGCUUUUUGGUCAUACUUUAAGGUUAGAGUUAGGCAUAAGGUUAGCAGUUUGGUUAGUGUUAAGGUUAGAGUUAGGUUUCAAAUCGGAUUUUAAGAUGAACAUUUUACCAAUAGGCGGGGUUUAUGACUGUGUCUGUGGUAACUCAUUCUUCCGUACCUAGAUAGUUUGCUUGAUUUGCAGCAGGCUUCGCUUUCAGUCUUGCUGAUCAUGUGAAUACUUACUAGUUAUGUUCAUAUAGGGAUGUAAUCUUGCUAAUUCUAUCAUAGUUCUAAAAUGUAGAUAUCACACCUUUCGUAUGCUUCGCGAAAUAUCCAAAAAUGUAUUAUGGGCGCUUGCCUAAGCUACCCACAAACAUUUUCACACUAUUCUGCCUCCACAUUUUUGGCGCCUUGGCGAUUCGCCCAACGAAAAGCAGCUGUACUAGUCUUCUCGUACAGAAAGACUAAAAACCAUUAUUGUCAUCUGCAUGGCCAGUGAGUCUGCUCUCACUCUGCCCUCUGGCACUUUGUAGGCAUAUGAGAAAUUGCCUGGAGUUUCUGGUCAACUGUUAAGUGGCACCACCUGACAGAGCGGGGAUGAGCCCUCAGGAUGUGCUAGCAACCCAGACCUGGCUCCAGUCCUCUUGGCAGAUCCAGGUGCCUUUCGCCUGGCUAGAGGCAUGUGUGGAGUGGCUGCAGCAGGAAGGAGGAGGUGCCCCCCUGCCUCAACACCAGCUUAAUCAGCAGGUCUUGGAUCAGUGGCUGCUGACCGACCUACGUGACCUGGCCCACUCUGUGCUCCCUGCAGGGCUAUAUCAGGCCCAGAAGUCGGAGCUCAGUGGCAGCUUCUGCGUGCAGCUGGACUCCCUACUGGACAUUAGCCAGCCUGCCUAUGGCCAGCUUCAGGGCUGGAGGGGCACUGACUGCACCAACGAGGCUGUGUCAGCCAUCACCCAGGCCACCCAGCGGACCUGGGAGGCCAAACCCACACGCAUGCUGCUGCUGCAGCUCACUGAUGGUGUGCAGACCCUGGAGGCCAUGGAGUACCAGCCCAUCCCUGCACUCAGCACCACCCUCAAGCCAGGAGUCAAACUGCAGCUGCAGGGCCAAAUAACCUGCCGGCUAGGGGUGCUACUGCUGAAGCCAGGCAACGUAAAGGUGCUGGGAGGGGAGGUGGAGGAGCUGGGUGAGAGGCACUCUCAAGGGAAGGUGCUAUGCAGGGCUCUGGGACUGCCUGAGGAGGAGCCACAGGGUCCGGCUGAGCAGCCAGAGGUCCCACAACCAGUUAACCAGCAGGCUGACAACCAGGAAUCAGACGACCUAGAGCUGCUGGCCAACCUGGAGACCCAGGAGAGGCAGGUGGGGUGGAGUGUGGAACCCAGCCUGGAGAGUGGCUACAGGACCCGCAGUGAGGAAUCCUCUGCCUCUUACAGAAAUGCCUCGUUGCAGAGUCGGCACAUUGAAAGCCUUGCAGAUUCUCUACUCGUAACCUCUUCACCCCAUGAGGUCAUUGAACUGGACAAUUUAGACAUCCCAGAUGAGGACUUUGAUGACCUUCCCCUGGAUGAGCUUGAUGGUAUGAUUUUUCAGGAGAGCCCAAUCCAACUGACAAACGGGAGGGAUAAUCAAAGAGACAACCUGAGGAGAAGGCAGGAAGAAGUAUCUAACAACUACGCUCCACCAUUAGAUGACAUGAGAAACGAAAGCCAUUUUGACUCCCUUGAUGAGAGGGAUGAUCCUGUUUUGGACGAGGACAUGAACUGCUUCUUCCCACCAGAGCCAAAAGCUCCUAGACAUGAGCAAAGACGAGAUAGUACCUGUGUCAGAGAACUGGGAACAGGCCAGCCCUCUGUGGCAGGAGCAGAGAGGCUCUCAACCAAAAUCCCAGAGAGUGCGGCGACUGUGGCGCUCUAUUCAUCCCCGUUUACGUACCUGUGUUUGCUGCAACAGGUUGCUGCGGGCGCCUCAGACCUGCUGGAGUGCAUGAGUGAGGUGUGCGUGAAAGCCUUCAUCGUCACCCUGCAAGGGAACCUCAAAUGCAGUAAGGGGGAGUGGCUGGUCAGCGCCUCCAUCUCUGAUGGAACUGGUUACAUGGACGUUCACCUCUCAGACCAGCUUCUGACGGGCCUGCUGGGGUUCUCAGCGGCUGAGAAGUCGAAGUUAGACCCAGCCCGGAAGGACGCAGGGAUGAAGGCGUGUCAGCAGGGCCUGGUGGACAUGUGUUGCGUGAUGACUCUGAGGUUGGACCCUGCCGGUGGGAAGGCUGUGGUCCUCAAGGCUGAUGCAGUCACAGAGGAGGACUUCCGAGCCCUGGAGGAGAGGGUGAAAGGCAGGAGGACUCUGGGACAUGGACCAGUGGAGGCUGCUGAGGGGAGGACGGCUCAUAAUAAUGGCUGGAAUGGAGUGAAUGAAAUGGCAUCGAAUGUAUGGAAGCCAUGUGUUUGAUGUAUUUGCCACUUAUUCCACUCGAGCGAUGACCAUGAGACUGUCCUCCCCAAUUAAGGUGCCACCAACCUUCUGUGAUGUGGGCUAUGGAGGACUGCUUUGGGGAAUUCUGGGUUGUGAUGACUGCCUUGGAUGUAAGUGGAUUUCCAGCUCUCUGGCCCUGGUCCACUGUCAUGCUUUACGGUGUCUCUGUUGUAAAACUUAAUUCAUGCAGCCAUUAGGCUACUAUGUUCAAGUGCAACAAUGUUAAUAAAUAUAAAUUAUUCUUUUC